UUGCUAUUGAGAUUUUCUAUCUAAAAAUGAAUAUUUUGACUUUCUUUCUAACUAUUCCAUAUUUGAUGGUAGUAUCUGAAUGUUGUAUGCGGAUGGUUCCACCAGAUGAUGUCUAUAUUCCAAGCACGUUGGCUCCUGAGCAAAGUACAUUGGUUCCGGGAGAGAUUACAAUGGCUCCGGAGGAAAGUACAAUGGCUCCCGAAGAUACCACGAUGGCUCCUGGAGGUGUGUCUACCCCAGAGACCUCCGAGGAAACCGAGGCGCCUGAGGUUACAAUGAUGACAACAAUGGCAACGGAAUCAUCAACCGUGACAGAAGAAACAUGCCCAACAUCUACAACCAAGUGUCCCGAUUUAUCAACAAUUGCUCUGGCUCCAAUGAUGGUUCAAGAGGUGGAUGGCUGCGCUGUUUUUUCUUGCCCCCCUGGCCUGUUGCCAUAUGGUUAUGGCUCACUUGUAGGAACCGAACUAACUGGAUUUUAUAUACCUCCUGGAGAGGAUACAUUUAGACUCAUCAGACCAGUGACCCUGACAGAAUUAAAUGGCGGCACAGUAAAUGAUUUUUUUGGAAUCUCAUGUGAGAACAAUAAGUUGAUCGUCUCAAAAUACCCACGUGGAAUUUCUGUUGGCAUCACGCCUGUGGGCACAGAAGGUUUAUUGAGCGGAAAAUCAUCUAUGAACACGAUGAGAUGCAGCUGAUGAUUUGACCAUGAAUGGCUCGAUGUGAUGACACUUUGUAAUUGAUAAUUGUUAAAAAUGUUUUAAUUGUUUUAACCUAAUGAAAACGCAUC